CUAGAUCAGCUCAACAUAGAUACAGAAGUGCUAGAUAUUAGUUCAGCUGGAAUUUGUAUUUUCUGAGUAUGGAAUUACUUCAAAUAAUCUCGAUGAAAAUGACCUGUUUGACUCAUUCCAGCUGAACUAGCAUGAUGGAUGUUCUGUGGCAGUCAGUACUUUUAGCAAAUUAAGCAUUUGGGUGCAAAAGACUGGCCCUGCAUUUUGUACUGUGGCCUUGUGAGCUCACCAGUGCUGGCAUUUACAGCUAAUUGUGUCAGGAUAAUUGGUGGAGACAAAAUCCCCAGGAACUAAGUUAUCCCUGACAUUGUGUCUCAAAAGAGAACUUCUUCAUGGCUUGCAUCGGUGCUCACAUGUUCUAUCAGAUGGUGGGGAAAGCUAUUGAAAAAGACAGUGCUCAAAUUGAAUGUGGCUAUGUAUCAGGGAACAAUGCUCAGAACUGACACAUUUGCAUUACGCACAUGCUGUUCACAUAUCCAACAGUGCAUCUGAUUUGAUUGACAGCAAGAACGCCAACAGUGUUUCACUACAUGUCAGUACUAUGCCUGUGUGCAUCCCAUCUCAAUACAUGUUAAUACCGUAUACUGAAAGUUUGCUUUCAUUUUUUGAAAGUUGAGAAAAUGAUUAUUUAAUUCAUUAUUUAAAUUGAAUGUUUCCAACACAACUGCUCACAGGAAUCUGAAAUCUAGUAAAACCUGGUCAAAAAUGGACAAAUUAUGAUUUGGUUAUGAAAAUAUCAUACCUAAAUCAUAAUUUAAGAACAAUUAGCAAUUGUUGCUCAAUUGUUUUUAUGAAUCAAAGACCAGCUUUAUUGUUGAAACACUGAUGUGCUACACCUGCCUGUGCUGCUCUGUUGAGUUCAGAAGAGGAGGGAACUUCAGGAUAAACGUUUAGCUUUUUUUGAUUCUGUGGCAGGCAAGGGAUUGGAAUCAUUGGUUGGAUCGUACAAGGAUUGGGAAAAGUUGUACCUCAGAUUGAUGACAAGUACAAAGAGGGUACUGAACCAGGGGGUGAUAUAGAGAAUCAGGAAACAAAUGAUGUCCCAGAUGCAGAAGCUCUUCCCGUGGUAGAGGUACAGUCAGAGGAAGAGUCCUCUCAGUCCAUCACACCCAGCAUGGUUGACUGGAUAAAGAAGAUCAUUCCCCAGCCUGAAAUCCCAGGCUCUGUCCACUAUCCACCAGCGAAAGUUACCUCACCGCCACCAGAGGCACAGAAACAAGCAGAGGAAGAGACUAAUGUGGUGGGCUGGUUUGUGAAGGGACUGGGCCGCAUGGUGCCACAGCCAGUGCUCAAAUCAAAAGAGGAGGCCUCAGAGAAAACAGUUGUGCAAAACAUCUGUAUCUGUCAGCAGCCCGGUGAUUUGGUGGUGGAGGAGGUUGAGGAGCAACAGGACCAGGGCCAGGGCCAGCUCCUGCGGGAGGAGUCCAGUGCGUCGACCCAGGUGCAGUCCACCCAGCAGGAGGAAACAGAGAUGCACACAGAGGCUACCACAGUAACAAUGGGGGACAGUCAGGAGCAAAUGCAGGCUGAAAGUGGACAGGUGAAGUUGGACAGCCAAGCUGAGGGAGACCAGGCCGCACACCUGGCUGAGGAAAGCGCUCAAACGGAGGUCUCAAAACUUGCUGAGGAGGCCACUGAAGCGGAGGGAGACCAGGCCGCACACCUGGCUGAGGAAAGCGUUCAAACUGAGGUCUCAAAACUCGCUGAGGAGGCCACUGAAGCGGAGAUCUCAAAACUCGCUGAGGAGGCCACUGAAGCGGAGGGAGACCAGGCCGCACACCUGGCUGAGGAAAGCACUCAACCUGAGGCCUCAAAACUGGCUGAGGAGGCCACUCAAGCAAGUAGCGGAGAGCAAUCGGCCAAUAUCCAGGAGGAAGAGAUGAAAGAAGUUUUUGAGAGCCAGGAGUUUAUGGACCCCGUAGAAGGCACCCCUCUGCUGGUCUCCGCUGAGACUGAACCCAGAGUGCCCGAGCCGAAGGAGGCAGAGCCAGAAAAGGCCACAAAAAGAGACUCUUCAGUUCUCGUGUCCACAUCAGUGAAUGAGCCAGAGCCCGACGUAGUGACCACGCAGCCUGACCCUAGCAAGGACAUGCUCCCGCCCUCACCCAACGUUCAGGAGGAUGAGACUGCAGAUGAGGGGUGUGGAGUGCCCACCAGUUGUAUUGCUGUGAGGAACUGGCUGAUGCAGAUGCCCCACACGUCACAGUGCCUGGCCAAUUUCAACCGGCUUCUGCAGGAGAAUGCCAUCACACUCCCCAGCAUGCCCAGCAAGCCUUCGCUCGGCCUGAUGUGCGAAAGCCUGCCCAGUCUGCCCAGUCUGCCCCCUCAGUUCUCCCAGCUGCCCCAGCGGGUUCAGCAGUACUACCUCAACAUCCUCAGCAGACUCAGGCCUCAGCAGGAAACCUAAGACCCAGGCCCCAUCCUGUCCAGUGGCAGACAGCUUCCAUAUUUUCCUGCUUAUCUUUCCCUGCCUCCCAUUGUCCCCCGGAACUUUGCCUGCAUACCACUGGUUCCCUGACUCUCACCUGCCUUUCAUUAGCCCCUGAUUCAGCCCUACCUUCCACACUUCGCUUGCGAUUACCCUUCAGGCGAACUGGCUGCUUUCAUGUGUUGAGGGGCAAGAGUGCCUUGCUGUACUGCACUGUGCUGAUGCUGCUAUCUCAGCUACGGAUGAACACCGAUGUGGCCUUUUGUCUUAGAUUAAUUUUAAGAAUGUCACAGUGAAGGAAGUAUUCAAAUCAACCAAAUGAGAGUUAAAGUCAAUGAGACUGUUUCCUUACCCAACAACACUAGCGGUUGACCAGCUAUUUAGUCAACCAAGGUGGACUAAUUUUAUGGUAGGAAUGUUGCUAAUUACUUUCAUUUAAUGCAAGUAACCACAAUAAUAACAUCAAUAUUGUAAGGAUUUUUGAAAUCAUGAUUAUAAGGGUUAUAUUUUGCACAGACAUGCUACCACAUGUUCUGGAGAGUUAUAGUGUUGUGUGUUGUUUUGUGUCCCAGUUCAGUGUCACACAGCUGUCAUGGGGACACUAAAUAUUCAAGAUCCCUGUACAAUUCCCCAUAUAACAUCAUUACUGUCCCUUAGGUCCCCAUGGAAACUAAGAGGUGAGCUUCAUAACAAUUAUUUUAUGACUAUGGUAAUAUAAUUUUUAUACCCUCCAUACUUAUAUCAUUUCGUUUGGCCUUUUAAAAAGCGAAUAUCAAAACAGUAACCAAUCGUGAAACCAGAAACAAAUGAGAAAUUCUUAAUUUGCCAUUCUCUAUUUUUUUCUCAGUUUUUUUAACUGGAGGUUCCCUGUGAACAUUUGUGGCUUACCUUGAAUUUAUUGUAAUCUUUGUGCAUAAAAAAAACAGGAAUGCAACAGCUCACAGCAACUUAACUGUAACUCAUUUGUAGAGGUUGGUAUUACUUGAAGGCAUUCUUUGUUUCCGUUUUUAACACUGUGCUGUGUUGUUUUGUCCUUGGUGAAGCUUUCUGAUGGUGGGUGGAGGGAACAGGGAUCACCAUUGCAGAUAUCUUGGACAGAGAUCAGUGACCCAGAUCCACUGCCCACAAUCCCAGCUGCUGCUGUGAGCCUUUGAUGGAAGAGUGAGCCUUUAGAAGCCACAAAUGGGAGGAGCUUUCAUAUGCUCACUGAUGUGAACCAAUCGGAGUGUUUUGCUGUGGAUGGCAAACUAUUUUCAUUGGUUCAAACGAGUCAGCGAUUGACAGCUCAUUGUUCCUCCUACGAUGUCUUACCUUAUACAGCCUAUAUCUGAGUCGUGUGAUAAGGUCAUGUGAUCAGUAUGGGAGGGAAUGGGGAAUGGAGCCUUACGACAGCCAUGUCUGGAUUAUUACAUUGCCUCUACACAUCCCACAUAGCGCUUUUUAUCAUAGCUGAAUGCUAUCACAUGGCAGAAAGUCAUGUGAUCUGUUAUGUGUGAAGGGUGUCCAUGUGUAUUUGUAAUUAUGUGCACAUUUUGAAAUCAUUUUGUAUUUUAUAAAAUGAUUUUUUAAAAUGUAUUGUUCUGAUUGCUGCCUGUCCUGUGAUAUUUUAGUCCAUGGCCUAGUUGACACCAAAAAUCCUGGUAACAUUUCUGUGCUUUGUAGAAGCUUGAAACAUUGUCACAGUAUUUGCUUUGGAGAUAUAUAUUUGAUGGUACCCUGUUAUUUGAGUUAUUUGGUCUGAGUAGGUAAGCACCUGACUUCUGUGAACUCAC